AUGUGCAUUCUUGGACUUGUGCAAUCUCGCCAUCCGCAUUUCCCAUUUAUCCUCGUUGAUAACAGAGACGAAAGUCCUGCUCGUUCCACAGGCAAUAUUGGCUGUCGAGUUGAUCCAGAAACAGGUUACAAAAUUAUUUCAGCAGUUGACAAUAAGGAAGGAGGAACUUGGAUGGGUUUCAAUGCAGAUACCAAAAACUAUGUUGUGCUUACCAAUGUGUUUGGCCCUCAAUGCAUUCCAACUUUACCAUCUAUUGAUCAGUCAACAAGCGAAAGUAAUGGGACAAUCUCUUCUCCAAUCACAAUUUCCAGGGGUGUCAUUGUGAGUGGAAUUUUAAAGUUUUCUAAAAAGUUGAAAACCAUGCAACAAGUCAGCGAGUUGCAGCAUCUAGUAUUGAACCAAUAUUUUGGUGAAGGAAAAUAUAUGAGAGGAUUUAACAUCAUUAUGGGAAAUUUGAGUGAAAUUUCAGAAACAUCAAAAAUGUUUUACAUGACCAACAGAGAUGAAAAUGCUCUUGACACUUUUCAAAAUCAUUAUAUAAUUAGAGAAUUAGAUCAUGACCGAACGCAUGUAGUUUCGAAUUCUUAUUUAAAUGAUUCAACGAAUGACCUUUACAAGAAGUACAAGAUUGAUUUAUUGCGAAAUUUAUUAGAUGAAACUUUGAAAAAUACUCAACAUGUUACCAAUGCAUGUGAAAUGAGAAACGAGUUGGAGAAAUGCAUUACCAACAGAUUGUCCGAUUUCUAUGACGGUUGUAUUGUUAGAAACACGCUAGAACAAGCAGAUGAAAUGGAUUUUAAGAAGCACCCAGAAUUAUUGAAAUACAUUCCUCCUCAUUGGAUGGCUGAAGAGCAAACCUUACAACAUUUUCGAUUACGUUACGAUUCUCAUUUUAACAUCUUUGUGAAUAGGACUUAUUUUAAAACAAGAUCUCAGACCAUUAUUUUGGUUGAUGUUUUUGGUAAGGUCCAUUACUUUUACAGAGAUACAGAUUUAUUAUUUCUAUCUGAGCGAGAUGCAGUGCGUCACGAGGAGCUGUCGUCAACAACACACAAUGCCGUUUCAAAAGAAGUACUUACUGAAGAUCAAAUGAUAGAACGAUCAAAAUUGGCCAUUGAAGAAAUUCAAAAACAAAGAUCUACUCAUGAGUUGACAAGCUUUCCUUGGGAAUAUAUUUGUGUGGAGUAA